ACGUCGGCUCCAGCAGCCAGCGCCUGACUUGGGGGACGCCGGGAGCGAAUCUGGCAGGAUGACUUUGGGAAUCUUCUCAAAUUGCACCUUCUGUUUGAAAGUCAAGUACUUACCUCGUCAACAAAAGAGAAAGCUACAGUUUGACAUUAAGGAAAACGGUGGAAAGUUUUCUCUCGUUCUAAAUCCCCAGUGCACCCAUGUCGUCUUAGACAAUGCUGAUUUCCUAAGUCAGUACCAACUGGACUCUAUCCGAAAGAAGCGCGUCCACAUUGCAAGUCCCGAGUUCAUCUGGGACUGCAUCAAAGAAAGGAGACUCUUGGAUGUCAAGAACUAUGAGCCUACCGAAGCCCUGGCCGUCACGCUGCCUCCUGAUCAAAACACCAGGAGUUCCGAAGUGGAAACGGAUGACCUGUCCCUGGAUGAUGUCAUGAAGCAAGAAGACACUGUGGAACCCACCGAGUUUCAUGUAGAGAAUGUUGAAAUUUCUCAUUUUCCUCAAGAUUUUGAAGUUGCAAAAUAUAACACCUUGGAAAAAGUGGGGAUCAAUGGCGACCCGGAAGUGGUGGUGGUAGAGCUGUGCUGCUCUCAGGCCCCUGAGGACCCUCCGUUCCUGAUUUGUGCACACUUCCUGCUGGCUGACGGCGUGCAGACUAGAAGACAGUUCGCUGUCAAGAAAACCGCUGCAGAUGCAAGCGAAUACUAUGCAAAUUACAUUGAAGAACUGAAGAAGCAAGGAUUUCUGCUCAGGGAACACUUCACACUCCAAGCCACCCAAUUAGCAUCUGAAAAACUGCAAGCCCUGCUUUUGGAGGAGGUCAUGGGUGCCGGCCCUCUGAGCCCGGAGGUGAGCGACUUGGUGGAGUUGUUGUGGACGGAAGUUCUGGGCCACCUAGAGCACACGCUGCUCAAGCCCGUGAACAGCAUCAGCCUCAACGAUGUGAGCAAGGCAGAGGGAAUUCUCCUUCUAGCAAAGUCUGCACUGAAGAAUGGAGAAACAGCACAGCACUUGCGAAAGGUGGUUGCUGAAUUCUACAGAUUAAUACCUCACAAAGCCCCAGGCCCCGAAGAAGUCAACCUGAAGCUCUUGGCUAAGGAGGAGGACCUAUGCCAGCUAAUAAGAGACAUGGUUAAUGUCUGUGAAACUAAUUUUUCCAAACCCAACCCACCAUCUCUUGCCAAAUACCGAGCUUUGAGGUGCAAAAUUGAGCACGUUGAACAGAAUACUGAAGAGUUUCUUAGCAUUAAAAAGGAGAUACUAAAGAACAAUCACGGGAAACAUCGUGUGAACAUCUUGCAGAUGUUUCGAGUCGGCAGAGUGAAUGAAACCACCGAAUUUCUCAGCAAACUGGGCAACGUGAGGCUCCUGUUACAUGGAUCUCCAGUCCGUAACCUCAUAGGAAUCCUGUCCCGGGGUUUGCUUUUACCCAAAGUGGUUGAAGAUCGUGGUGUGCACAGAACAGACAUUGGGAAUCUUGGAAGUGGAAUAUACUUCAGUGAUUCGCUCAGUGCAACUAUUAAAUAUGCACAUCCCGGUGAGACCGAGGGCACCAGGUUCCUGCUUGUCUGUGACGUGGCCCUCGGGGAGUGUAUAGAAUUUGACCAGAAGGACUUCUCUUUAACCGAGGCCCCAGAAGGCUACCACAGUGUGCAUGGAGUAGCACGAACAGCCUCGCUCAACACGGAUUUUGAGGAUGACGAAUUUGUGGUAUAUAAAACUAAUCAGGUUAAAAUGAAAUAUAUUGUUAAAUUUUGCCUGCCUGAGGAUCAAAUAAAGAGCUUUAGGCCUCCUAACAAUAUUGAACUAGAGCAAUACAGACCUCCUGUGUUCUCAGACAGCUCCAAAAUUGAAGAUUACCAGUUGCCAGACACCAAAGCCCCCAGCAGUACCCAGGCUGGCCUUCAAGACACCUCUGGAAAUCUGAUUCCCCUUGAGAAUGUUCACGUCAAAGGGAGAAUAAUAGACUUCGUGGCCCAGGUGGUUUUUUUCCAGACAUACACAAAUCAAAGUCAUGUGCCCAUUGAGGCGAAAUACAUCUUUCCUUUGGAUGACAAGGCAGCUGUGUGUGGCUUUGAAGCAUUCAUCAAUGGGAAGCACAUAGUAGGAGAGAUUAAAGAGAAGGAAGAAGCCCAGCGUGAAUACCGAGAGGCCAUCAGCCAAGGUCAUGGCGCUUACCUGAUGGACCAGGAUGCUCCGGAUGUUUUUACUGUGAGUGUUGGCAACCUGCCCCCUGCAGCUAAGGUUCUCAUCAAAAUCACCUACAUCACAGAACUGACCCUGCAGGGCCCCGUGGCUGUCUUCUUCAUGCCAGCCACCGUGGCUCCCUGGCAACAGGACAAGGCCUUGAAUGAAAACCUUCAGGACACAGUAGAGAAGAUUUGUGUGAAGGAAAUAGGAACACAGCAAAGCUUCUCUUUGACUAUGUCUAUCGAGAUGCCAUAUGUGAUCAAGUUCAUUUCCAGUGACACGCAUGAACUAAAACAAAAGAGCACUGACUGCAAGGCGGUCGUCAGCACCGUGGAAGGCAGCACCUUGGAGAGCAACGGCUUCUCCCUUCACGUCGGUCUGUGUGAUCCGUACCUCCCAAGGAUGUGGGUGGAAAAACAUCCAGAAAAAGAAAGUGAGGCAUGCAUGCUUGUCUUUCAACCCUGCCUCACUGCCACCCUCCCACACGUGGCCGACAGGAACGAAGUGAUUAUUUGUCUUGACUGUUCCAAUUCCAUGGAGGGGGUGACAUUCACCAACGCCCGAAAGAUUGCCUUGCACGCCUUGUCCCUGCUAGGCAAGAAGCAGAAAGUAAACAUCAUCCAGUUCGGCACAGGUUACAAGGAGCUAUUUUCAUAUCCUAAGAACAUCACAAGUCAAAAAGUGCUGACGGACUUCAUUUUGUCAGCCACGCCUACCAUGGGGAACACAGACUUCUGGAAAACCCUACGGUACUUAAGUUUACUGUACCCCGCUCAAGGGUUACGGAACAUUCUCCUGAUAUCUGACGGGCACCUCCAGAAUGAGAGCCUGACCUUACAGCUCGUGAAAAGGAGUGUCCACCACACCAGGCUGUUCACCUGUGGAAUUGGUGCCUCUGCGAAUCGUCACAUCUUGAGGACUUUGUCCCAGUACGGUGCUGGAGUGUUUGAAUAUUUUAAUUCAAACUCCAAACAUAGUUGGAAGAAACAGAUAGAAGAGCAAAUGGCCAGGCUGCAUUCUCCAAGUUGCCACUCUGUCUCUGUCAAGUGGCAGCAGCUCAGUCUGGACGCCCCUGAGCCCCUGCAGGCCCCCGCCCAGGUGCCCUCCUUGUUUCACAACGACCGGCUCCUCGUCUAUGGAUUCAUUCCCCAUUGUACACAGGCAACUCUGUGUGCGCUGAUUGAAGAGAAGGAAUUCCAGGCCAUGGUGUCGACUACCGAGCUCCAGAAGACAACGGGAACUAUGAUUCACAAGCUGACAGCGCGAGCUCUGAUCAGAGACUAUGAAGACGGCAUUCUCCAUGAAAACGAGACAAAUCAUGAGAUGAAGAAGCAAACUUUGAAAUCUGUCAUCAUUAAGCUCAGCAAAGAAAAUUCUCUUAUAACGCAAUUUACCAGCUUUGUGGCAGUUGAGAAAAGGGACGGUGAUGGGGCACCUUUUCCUAAUAUACCAAACAUCUCAACACUCAUUGCCGAAGAAGAUGUCGACUUCCUGCCUUACAUGAGCUGGGAGGAGAAGCAGCCAAGUCCCAGGGCAGCACAGGAUCUUUCUUCAGCAUCCCCUGCAGAGGACGCAGUGCAGGUGGAAUAUUCUGCUCUGUUUGAUGUUGAUGACGGUCUCACACUCGGUGCAUGUCGCUAUGAACGUCCCGCAUUCGAUGAAUGUCGCUCUUAUCUUUGCACACUCGAAGAAUGUGAAGAAAUGGAAAUGCCAUUGGGUUUAGGACAUACGAUUUUUGCUACUGAAGAGGACAGUGUGACGUAUUUCGGAGAAGCCACGCCACCACCAGAAGUGAUUGCCAAUAGCUUUCCUCUGCCUGCCGAUGCCGGAGCCGCCGUCUCCCUCACCUGCCCUCCUCCACCCCGUAGCCCAGCACCCAUCCGUCCUCCCCCACCACUACCUGGGGGCAUUCCUUUCUCUGCUUCUCUCACCUUCCUUACUCCAUCCCUUAGCCCAGCACCCAUCUCUCCUCCUGCACCACUACGUGAGGUCAUUCCUUCCUCUGCUUUUCCCACCUUCCCUCCUCGACCCCCUAGCCCAGCUUUCAUGCCGCUUUCCCCAGCACUACCUGGGGCCUUUAGUUCUUUUGCUUCCUGCCAAACAAAAUUAAGCCUUGCUAGCAACGACCAAGAGAUGGGGUCUCAUCCCAGCCAGUUGCCCCAGGUCCUCACAGCAGGGACCUCUUGGGACACGCUUGGGGCUGAAUUCUCAGCUCUACCUGCACCCCAGCCAGGGCUGAGCUUUAGCUCCGUUGGUGUCCUUUGUCAGAAGGCUCCCUGCCUGUCUCCUCCCAGAUCCUCUACCACUGGUCCCAGCAUAGCCUACCAAUCCCAUGAUUCCACGGCUAAUGUGAAGUUGAGUUCAAGAAGCUUCUUUCAAAGGCAACCUCUCAGGGAUACCCUUGGCAAUGCUCCUGCCAGAUUAAAGUCAGCUAAAGUCAGAUUAGGUUCUGCUGUGCAGUUCAAACGCGGUGCUCUCUUGAGUUUUGAGGAUUCCGUCGAAGUAGAUGGUUCCCAGCAAAGUGAUCAGCUUCCAAGCGAGAUGUUAAUGCAGCCGGAUUCAGCUGUCAAAGACAGUAACUUGCCAAUGGCUCCAUACAGUGCAAUCAAAGGAAGCAAAAGGAAAACCCAGCCUUUUAAGGCCGCAGGAGGAGGGCAGGCCGUGGACAGUCAUCGGAGCUGGAUGGGUGCUGUGACCUGCAGGAAGCUCUUCAGUCUACAAACCAAGGAUGGCUUCUGGAAACUUACACCCGAGCUAGGAGUUAUGCUAAACGUUAAAGUGAAUGCCUUAUGCGGCUUCCUUGAGCAAAAAGGCAUUGGCUCAUUAGGUGUCAGUGGAAGAGAAAACCUCCUGAACCUGAUUGCCACGUUGUUGGUCCUGCAGUUUUUUUGCACCAUGUUGGAACAUGAGGGAAUCGUUGUCAAGUCCUGGAGGACGUUGGAUGCAUCUUCCACCUCCAGGAAACUCCUUUGGAGAUAUACUGAGAAAAUAAAGAAAGCAAAUGAAUGGGUGAAAAGAAUGGAAGGACAAUAUUCGUCCAUCUGCCAGCGGCUUGAACUGGGCAAAGACUGGGACUCGGCCACCAAGCAGCUCCUGGGGAUCGAGCCGGGUGACCCAGCCUCUCCGCUCCAUAGAGCUCUUAGCCAAAGCCAAGGCUGAAGCCGGUGCCACUGUGUUUUCAUUCUUUUCCAUGCGUCUGUAUGCAAAAUAAUCAUAUGCAAUUGAGAGCUUAUAAUUAGUCUUACAUGAUUUUAUUCAGCAUAGCAAUCAGAAUGGAUCAUUUGAAUCAAUUAGCAAGAAAGAAUAAAA